AUGAAGGCCAGGGUCAGUGUUUAGGUCAAAGGUCAAGUCUUUCCAAAGCAGAUCAGCCCUUGAACUCUCUUCACUUUUAUCCCACUAACUCAGCCCAGCACACCAGGGAUAGCUUCUCAGGGGAACUCUCCUUUCCAUCUCUCCUCUUAAUUUCUCUCCUUCACCCCGAGAGAGAAAGAGAGUGAGAGAUUACUCUGGAAGAGAGGGGGUUGAGGAGGUGGGAGAAGGGGGGGGAGUUGAUACUACCCAUGAGGCCGGUUAAUGGGCAGUUUGGAAUGCAGGCGAGAAGACCCCGGUUGCUUUCUCCAUGGGAAUCCAUUUAUUUUAUAAAAAGAACAUACAGAGCUGCCUUUAAGAUCCGACUUGUGGGAAUCGCUCCUCCUCUGACUGUGGCCACGAUGCAGGGGGUUGGGUUCGUUUAGUUGGUGAGAGCACAAGAGAUGAGUCCUAUUGGAUUCAGCUGGCUCCUAUGGAGGCUAAACCCCGCGUGGAUUUGCACAAUGCGUACUUGUUUGGUUGCAGGUGUACAAAACAAAUCUACUGCCCCUCCCCCUCACAGGAGUAUGCUACGUGAUCUUACUUGUUUCCCAUGUAUAUGGGUGUCUUGUCUUGUGUGUGUGUGUGUGCGUGUGUGCAGACUCUGAGAGGUAAAGAAAUUCCCAUUGACGGCAGCAGCCGUAAAUCACUGUUAUGAUUCUACUGAUAGUGAAACCACUACCUUUCACAACCAAAUGGCUUUCAGGUUGUGAAUAAUUAAGCAGACUUUCGACUCAGUAUCUUACAGUAUCUUUCAAUGUACCAAGAUCUAUGCAGUAUCGUCAGUAAGUAUGGCCUCAUAUUUUUACCCAGAUAUAUAUAUAUAAUCUCACCCGCUCUCUCCCCCCUGUCCCCUUAAAGAAGAUGAGAGAUUGGGCACGCAGUACCACCACCACCACCACCGCGAGAGGCGCAAUGCCAUCAGCACCCAGGCCUCCACACCUGGCACCCCUGGCAGCAAGCUGGGUGAGGAGCCGUCCACGUCCACAGAAGAGCACCCCCCACUGGUAAAGAAAGAGCUGCACAGCUCGCUGCCCCACCUGGCGGACCACGGCCUGCCCUACUGUGGAACGCUGUUUGCCAUGGACCCCCGCAACGGAUACCUGGACUCCCACUACGGUGAGUACAGACAACAGACCUCAGUUUAA